CGGCCGCGAUGCAUUCUGGGAAAGCAGCAGCACCAGAUCCAAGAUGGCGGCCAGCAGGAGGCUGAUGAAGGAGCUUGAAGAAAUCCGCAAAUGUGGAAUGAAAAACUUCCGUAACAUCCAGGUUGAUGAAGCUAAUUUAUUGACUUGGCAAGGGCUUAUUGUUCCUGACAACCCUCCAUAUGAUAAGGGGGCCUUCAGAAUCGAAAUCAACUUUCCAGCAGAGUACCCAUUCAAACCACCGAAGAUCACAUUUAAAACAAAGAUCUAUCACCCAAACAUUGAUGAAAAGGGGCAGGUCUGUCUGCCAGUAAUUAGUGCUGAAAACUGGAAGCCAGCAACCAAAACCGACCAAGUAAUCCAGUCCCUCAUAGCACUGGUGAACGACCCCCAGCCUGAGCACCCGCUUCGGGCUGACCUAGCUGAAGAAUACUCUAAGGACCGUAAAAAAUUCUGUAAGAACGCUGAAGAGUUUACAAAGAAAUAUGGGGAAAAGCGACCUGUGGACUAAAAUCUGCCGCGAUUGAUUCCAGCAAGUGUGAGCAGAGACCCUGAGCAGUGCAUUCAGACACCUCGCAAAGCAGGACUCUGUGGAAAAUUGACACGUGCCACCGCCUGGCGUUCGCUUGUGGCAGUUACUAACUUUCUACAGUUUUCUUAAUCAAAAGUGGUCUAGGUAACCUGUAAAGAAAGGAUUAAAAAUUUAAGAUGUUCUAGUUCUGCUUUCUUUGUUUUAAAAAUCACUGCUUCAAUCUACUUUAAAAGAAUGGUGUUUCUUUUCUUGUCCAAAUUUAUCCAAAAUCUUCAAUUUACAUUUAGCCCAUAAGGUUAAAAAAAAAAGGUUGUGGUACCCCUUCUUCCCCGCCUUGCAACUCCCACUUUCUUGCAUUCAGUCUAUUUUCACUCAUUCACUUCCCCAGACCCAGGUCCCGUCUCCUCCGCAAAGGAGAAGAGAUAGCGCUGGUGUUUCUGGUGGCUUCUCUUUGCCCGUGUUGCACUGCCCAGUGUGGGAGUUGGUUCCAAUUCUCCUGACUCCAAUUUAUAACAUCCCUUUAAAAAAAUUUAAAAACAAGCAAACAACCACCUCCCCCUGCUCCAAAAAAAAAAAAAAAAAAAAAAAAACUGUGAAAAGGGAGGCCCAGCUCUUAUGUAAAAAUCUUGCCAAUGUUACCACAAUAAUGUUGAUUAAAUGGGCAAACCCCGAGGUCUGUGUGCACGAUUGAACUCCAGCCUGGUCCUGCUUGAGGAAACCCUGCAAUAUUAAGUCUGUGGCGACCCCAGGGCAAGGCCUGCCAGCCAGAGGACACUGUGCACUUCUGUGAGGAAUUUGUCUCCAGAGAGGCUUCUGAGACCAAAGGUUGGCACUCCUCCCUGCAGCCAUUUUAGAAGAUGUGCUGGUCAUUGCAGACAACUCCAAAGCCAGAAUGUCCAUUUGAAAUUCCACGCUCACCUGUCACCGAGCUCCAUCCGAAUGUGGGACGGAGCUUACUCUCCAACUCCUCAGUGCAACAGCCCCACCGUGGCCCUCGCUCGACACGGUUUGCCUCUUUGUGGGCUUGGAAUUGGCAGGACUCCGCUGUGGCCGGCACCAGCCUGGGGUCGCCGGCGCCCUGCUGGCCCCUUCCUUCGGAGCAGCCAGCCAGCCCAGCCCAGGAGCAAGAUGGCCUUCCCUCUCCCUUUGGACUCACAGCCUUUACAGAGUCAAACUCCACUUGAAGCUCACUCAGUAAUAUCCUUUAAAUGUGUUUUAUAUUGUUUUGACUGCCUUUUUUUGUAGAAAUAAAAAUUGACCUUAGAAUUUAUCAUCAGA